UUUAUGUACAGGAUAGGAUGUAUGUCGUCAACCGCUAAACAAGGAGCUCAGCCGGGGAACCGAGCGAAGUACCCCUCCGUACAAAACCGGCAGAGAGAUACUUGUGAUCAUUGGUUGGUUCUCGGCUCGAGACCAACGACCGGCCGGCCGGAUAUUUACGCCCGUUUAUUGUUCGCCAAUUGAUCCCUCUCCUUUCUUUCAAACGUAACAAUCCAUCGUUCUUCUGGCUAUAAAAUACUCUUGCAGAAGCACCUCGCUGGAACUUAUUUCCUAUUUCCUGAAUCAGACACCUAGCUCUCAACCCGCCACUUUGCACACAAUAAACAAACCAACCCCGCAAUUCUCACCACACCACCCACGGAUUAUCACAAUGGCUCCUCUCAAGGCUGGAGACAGUUUCCCCGCAGACGUCAAGUUUUCAUACAUCCCCUGGAGCGAAGACAAGGAAGAUAUCACCGCAUGUGGUAUUCCGCAAACAUACGACGCCUCGAAGGAAUGGGCCGAUAAAAAAGUCGUCCUCUUUGCUGUUCCAGGCGCAUUCACACCCAGCUGCUCCGAAAACCACCUCCCCGGCUACAUCAUGAACCAGGAAAGUAUGAGAGCCAAGGGCGUCGAUGUCAUUGCCGUCAUUGCGUACAACGACGCGUUCGUGAUGAGCGCUUGGGGGAAAGCGAAUAAGGUUACUGGGAAUGAUAUUCUCUUCCUGAGCGAUGGCGAUGCUGCGUUUUCCAAAAACAUUGGCUGGACCAUGGGCGAACGGACGGGUCGAUAUGCUCUUAUCAUUGACCAUGGGAAGGUGCUUUAUGCCGAGAACGAGCCUGGGCGGGGUGUCACGGUCUCGGGUGCUGAGGCUGUCCUGGCCAAGCUGUAGAAUGCCGGAACAUGGGUGAUUGAUGCUAGGUUUAAAAUGGUUUACCCUAUGUGGCUGAGGGCCUGCAUCUUUGUUGAUAUUGGGGGACUUGAUAAUUUACCCCAUAUCUAAUUUUGAACGGUUAUUUAUAUAAAAAUGCUUUCAUUCAAGAGGCCGAACGGUAAGAAAGCAUAAUAAAUAUAAAUCAAUACAAUUCAAGCCGUGCAACUUGUGGUACAGUGGCGGGAUAAUUUGUUUGGACUACAGAACUCACUCUUGCUGUUAAUCCCUCUAAAUAAAUUUUCAGGACAAUUGAACUUUUGAAGUAAAAAAACUUCUUAAAUAAAUAAAUAAAUGAAUAGCAAUCCUAAUAUGAGCAUUGUGUGUUUUGGUUUCUCCAUA